AUGAGUAUAAAUGACGAAAAUAUUGCGCGGUGGCUAGAAAUAGAAGUGUCAGAUGAGGAGGAGAUACUGAAUGAAGAUACCAGCGACGUGGAGCUCGAUGUUGCGGAAGAUUAUGUGCUCCAAGAGGACUGUGAAUAUGACUCUGAAG